AUGUUCUCCCGUCGAGUGACACCGAAAUUAAAGGCCACAGCUGGUACUCGUAGCCUCGUCCGAUCAACAAUUGUCCCAAGAUGUUUCCAAACAACUGUUGCGAAAUUGGAUCUGAUUUCCCAACUGUCCCAGCGAAAUCGCGUUACUGUCAUCACAGGGGGCUCUCGUGGAAUCGGUCUCUUCCUCGGAGAAGCAAUCGCCAGUUUGGGUGGCGAUAUUGCAAUUCUGGACAUCAUUGAGCCUCAGAAGUCGCGUGACGUACUGAAAUCGCGUUACAACGUCAAGGUCGAGUACUAUAAAACCGAUAUCACUAGCCAGUCAAAUAUCGAAAGCUCUUUCGAUCAGGUGGUUGCAGAAUUUGGUCGAGUAGAUAACUGUGUGACAGCAGCCGGCAUUGCCCUGGAUAAACCUUUCAUCGACACCACAUGGGAGGAGAGUAAAAAACUUCUUGAUAUCAAUCUCCUGGGAACUUAUUUCACAGCCCAAGCGGCUGCCAGGCGCAUGAUUGAUCAAAAAGUUCCCGGUUCUAUCGUGACAGUCGCCUCUAUCGCCGCUCAUAGCGCCAUACCAGGCCAACGAGUGUCCAUAUACGGCGCGUCAAAAGCUGCUGUGAAGCUAGUAUCCAAGACUCUAGCGGUAGAGUUAGCGCCUCAUGGAAUUCGGGUUAAUAGCAUUAGUCCGGGGUUCAUUUCUACAGAUAUGUCCAAGCAGUUUGCACACUUAACAGAUCUCUUCAAUCGAGUGCCACCAGUCGGUAGGAUCGGCCAAAGAGAAGAUCUCGCACUAGCCGUUGCUUACCUACUUAGCUCCUCUGGAGCUGCAUACACAACAGGUGCUGACAUUCCUGUAACAGGAGGACUUAUUGGAGGGAGGAUUGAAGUGUAA